AUGCUUCCAGAAGGAUCUCAUGUUCGUGCUGUAUACCUGGACCCCACGACUGGCAUAUUGCACCCUGACCUGUCUGCCCGCCUGCUUGUCGACUGCUCCACCAUCGACACCAAGACUUCACUGGAUGUGGCCAAUGAGGUUGAAAGCCAAAGGUCCAAGCCAGUCUUUUACGAUGCUCCCGUAUCGGGAGGGACUUUAGGUGCGGAAGCUGCCUCGCUGACCAUCAUGGUUGGGUGUGCCGACGAUGGCUCGGAUGAACAGUUUCCCCUACUGAAUGGGUUGCUGAGUUUGAUGGGCAAGACAGUCAUCGCUUGUGGUGGACCAGGAAUGGGCCUUACAGCGAAGCUUUGCAAUAACUACUGUUCUGGUUUAAUCUCUCUUGCUACUGCCGAGGCCUUUAAUAUUGGCAUGCGGUCAGGCAUGGAUCCACGGGUGUUGGCACGCAUCUUUGCCACCAGUACGGCGCAGAGCACCAUUUGCGACAAAUGGAACCCAGUACCUAACAUUUGCCCCGAUGCUCCGUCGAGUAAGGGGUACGCUGGGGGUUUCAAGGUCCAGUUGAUGGCCAAAGACUUUGGUCUGGCUGUUGCAGCCGCCAACGGGGUCGGUGCAAAGAUGCUACUCGGUAACGCGGGGCUGGAGGCGUACAGGGGAGCCAGCCAGGACGAAAGCUGCAAGGAUUUGGACUCGCGGGUUUUGUUUAGAUACAUUGGGGGCCGUGAGGACUGGAAUGAGAAAUCGUCGUCGCGAAAGGAAUAG